AUUUGACUCCUAGCCUGGGAGCCUCCAUAUGCUGCAGGAGGAGCCCAAGAAAUGGCAAAAAGAAAAAAAAAAAUUUUUUUUUUGAAGAACUCUUUUGCUAUGUCUUUGUAGUCUCAACACCCCUUUCCCCCACAACCCCAUUUUGGCUUGUUAUAUGAAUGGAAACAUACAGUAUAUAACCUUUUGAGGUCAGUGUUUUUCAGGAAGCAUAAUGCCUUGGGGUCCGUAUAGGGUUGUAUGUAUCAACAGUUGAUUGCUUCUUGUUGCUGAGUAGUAUUCUCGUGUGGGUGUACCAGGUUUGUUAAACCAUUCACCUUUUGAAGGACAUUUGGAUUGUUUCCAGUGUUUUGUUUAACAUUAUGAAUCAACUGCUUUGAAUGUUUGAGUAUAGAUUUUCAUGUGAACAUUAAGUUUUCCAUUUUCUGGGGUAGAAGUUGAAGAGGGUGAUUUCUGGGUCAUAUGGUGAGUGAGUGUUUUAGUUUUGUAAGCAAUCACCAGCCUAUUUUCCAGAGUGUGUGUACCACUAUAUGAGGGAUCUGGUUUCUCAGCAUCUUCCCCAUCAUUUGGUAUUAUCAGUUUUUUUAUUUAGCUGUUCUCAUAGGUGUGGUCAUACCCUAUUUUGGUUUUAGUUUGCAAUUCCCUAAUGACUAAUGAUAAACAUCUUUUCAUAAGCUUGUUUGCCAUCUGUAUCUCUUUGGUGAAAUAUCUGUUCAUGUCUUUUGUCCAUUUUCUAAUUGGAUUUUUUAAAAAAAUUUAACUGUUAUGAAAGUUCUUUAUGUAUUCUAUAUCCAAGAUCUCUAUUGGAUAUGUGGUUUGCAAAUACUGUAUUUCUGUCUGUAGCUUGUAUCUGUGGCAAGUGGAAAUUCCUGGGCUUGAGCUACUGCAGUGACAACAUUGGAUCCUUAACCUGCUUUGCCACAAGGGAACUCCUGUAACUUGUCUUUUCAUCCUCUUAAGAGUCUUUUUUCAGAGGAGAAGGUUUGAAUUUUGAUGAAGUCCCGUUUUUAAAAGUUUUCUUUUAUAGAUUAUGCGUUUGGUGUCAAGUGAAAGAACUUUUUGCCUAGAGCACUGGUUCUUUUUCAUGGCGAAUGGUAUUUAGAACCCGAAAUCUGAGCAUUAGGUUUGCUUGUUCCUGUUAGGGUGUGGGUGCUCUCCAGGCUUCAGAGGAUAUGGAGAAUAUGUGUGUCCUAGGCCUUUCCAGGCUUCAGGGUACAUUAACUGUUUUCCUUGGUAUCUCCAAGUGUAGACACUUACUCUGUGCUUCCCUUCCUUCUCCUAAGUCUGCUAUCACUGCCCAUCUUUUUUUAAUUCUCUAAAAAUUGGUCUAUUGCUUUCUUGUAUUAUUAUUUUUGGACUUCUUUACUAAUUUUAGGUGGGUUUUAUUUUCAGUGAAUCUUUGUGAGAAAACAGUUGUAACUGCAUGUAUUACCCAUGUGUACUUGUUGAAGCUGUAAUACUCCCUUUUCAGAUGUUUAUUUUUUCACACUGUCAGUCUUAUCCCACUCUUGCUAUACCUGUUUCCACGCUGAUAGUGCUGUUUCUCAGUAGCUUGUAGUCAUCUUUGAUUCUCUUUUCCGUGUUAUGAAGGUCAAGUUUAUUAAAAUAUUUAGGUUCUCUUUGGUGCCCAGCUUACCUUUCCAUUCUCUAUUUCUGCAGCCCUCCCAUAUUUGCUCCAUUCUAGAACUAUUCCGAGUAGCUUUACAUUUGCCUACCUGUGUUAUGCUCUUCUCUUUUCCUCUCAAGUUUCCUUUGGAACAUAUUGUCUCUGCCUCUUUCUUUUUAUAGUAUUGUCAGUAGAGCACAAAGCUUGGCAUAUAAUAGGCACUUGAUGCAUGAAAUAUACAAGCAAGUGGUACUUCCUCUAAAGUAAUAAUAGCACCCCAAAUUUUUAUUGCCUGUUAACAUUUUCCAAAUACUAUCAUAUAGUAUCUCAUUUUAUUCUCAAAGCAACUCUCCCAGCUAUUAUUCAUCUUUUAUAAAUGAUGCCAAGUGAAUUUUCCAAGGACAUAACUGUAGGACUUAAAUUUAACGAAUGUUUGUGAACCUGUUACGUGACAGGUCCUGAUUUAGCUGCUAGAGACACUUGGGGAACAAAGCAGACAAAUGUGCCCCUCGUAGAAACAAUAUUAGAAUGUUUAAAUUCUGACCAUUGUGGGGCGGAUUUUGGGGGAAGUCUUCCAUAAUCUUACUCAACUCAGGUGUCAUCUCCUUUAGACUUUCUUAACUCUCCUGGAAGGAGGCAGGAGUAGGGUAGAAAGAAUAGCUCUGUCUUCUGUGUUCUCAUUAGUUCCUUUUUGUGUUUACAUUGUGCACAGUUUUAUGCUAAAUAGUGUUUCUAAAACCAUUAUUUGUAUUUGGGGCCUUUGCUAGAUUGAGCAUAUGUGGGCAGGGAUCUUUUUCUGUAGUAUCCAGGAUGCCUGGCACAUAGUAUAUUCUCAGAAAGUAUUUGAACCCCUUAAUGUAAAGACUUAUCCAUGGUUGUCAUUUACUAAUAGCAGGUAACAUUACUCUUCAGUACUCUUCAGUGCCACAUGUAAGGGAACCAGUUUUAAAAGACUCCAUUCUGGAGUUCCUGUUGUGGCUCAGCGGUUAACGAACGCGACUAGUGUCCAUGAGGACAUAGGUUUGAUCCUGGCCUCACUCAGUGGGUUAAGGAUCCGGCAUUGCCGUGAGCUGUGGUGUAGGUUGCAGAUGCAGCUUGGAUCCCACGUUGCUGUGGCUGUGGUGUAGGCCGGCAGCUGUAGCUCUGAUUAGAUCCCUCGCUUGGGAACCUCCAUGUGCCACAUAUGGGAUCCUAAAGAGACAAAAAGACAAAAAAAAAAGACAACCCACCUCCCAAAAAACCACCUCCACUCUAUUCUUAGUUAGAAGGGCAUAUUUUCUGAGAGGUUAUCUAAAAGGCAAAUUUUUACUGAAGUUUAACAAACUUUUGUUUGUGGGUGUGUAUAGGUCUCAAGUCUGGAGAUGGAGUCUUGACAUCCUUCUCUCCUCAGUAUGACCAUCAGUGUUAUAGUUUUGCUGCUGGACUCUUCCCUCCCUUCCCCCACCCCAUCAGGAUGAUAUGAGACUUGAAAGAAGACGAUGCAUACAGGAGGAGAGACUUCAGCAUGCAAACCUUCAUCUGUUCGGCUUGCACCGUCAUUUUCAUUCCAUGCUGCUGGCCUUCAGAUGGCUGGACAGAUGCCCCAUUCACAUCAGUACAGUGACCGUCGCCAGCCAAACAUAAGUGACCAACAGGUUUCUGCCUUAUCUUAUUCUGACCAGAUUCAGCAACCUCUAACUAACCAGGUGAUGCCUGAUAUUGUCAUGUUACAGAGGCGGAUGCCCCAAACCUUCCGUGAUCCAGCUACUGCUCCCCUGAGAAAACUUUCUGUUGACUUGAUCAAAACAUAUAAGCAUAUUAAUGAGGUUUACUAUGCAAAAAAGAAACGAAGACAUCAACAGGGCCAGGGGGACGAUUCUAGUCACAAGAAGGAGAGGAAGGUUUACAAUGAUGGUUAUGACGAUGAUAACUAUGAUUACAUUGUAAAAAACGGAGAAAAGUGGAUGGAUCGUUACGAAAUUGACUCCUUGAUAGGCAAAGGUUCCUUUGGACAGGUUGUAAAGGCAUAUGAUCGAGUGGAGCAAGAAUGGGUUGCCAUUAAAAUAAUAAAGAACAAGAAGGCUUUUCUGAAUCAGGCCCAGAUAGAAGUGCGACUUCUUGAGCUCAUGAACAAACAUGACACUGAAAUGAAAUACUAUAUAGUGCAUUUAAAACGCCACUUUAUGUUUCGAAACCAUCUCUGUUUAGUUUUUGAAAUGCUGUCCUACAACCUCUAUGACUUGUUGAGGAACACCAAUUUUCGAGGUGUCUCUUUGAACCUAACACGAAAGUUUGCACAGCAGAUGUGCACUGCACUGCUUUUCCUUGCGACUCCAGAACUUAGUAUCAUUCACUGUGACCUAAAACCUGAGAACAUCCUUCUUUGUAACCCCAAACGCAGUGCAAUCAAGAUUGUUGACUUUGGCAGUUCUUGUCAAUUGGGGCAGAGGAUAUACCAGUAUAUCCAGAGUCGCUUUUAUCGGUCUCCAGAGGUGCUACUGGGAAUGCCUUAUGACCUUGCUAUCGACAUGUGGUCCCUUGGGUGUAUUUUAGUUGAAAUGCACACUGGAGAACCUCUGUUCAGUGGAGCCAAUGAGGUAGAUCAGAUGAAUAAAAUUGUGGAAGUUCUGGGUAUUCCACCUGCUCAUAUUCUUGACCAAGCACCAAAAGCAAGAAAGUUCUUUGAGAAGUUGCCAGAUGGCACUUGGAACUUAAAGAAGACCAAAGAUGGAAAACGGGAGUAUAAACCACCAGCAACCCGUAAGCUUCAUAACAUCCUCGGAGUAGAAACAGGAGGGCCUGGUGGGCGUCGUGCUGGGGAAUCGGGUCACACGGUGGCUGACUACUUGAAGUUCAAAGACCUCAUCUUAAGGAUGCUUGACUAUGACCCCAAAACUCGAAUUCAACCUUACUAUGCCCUGCAGCACAGUUUUUUCAAGAAGACAGCUGACGAAGGUACAAACACAAGCAACAGUGUUUCCACGAGUCCCGCCAUGGAGCAGUCCCAGUCCUCGGGUACCACGUCCAGCACGUCGUCCAGCUCAGGUGGAUCGUCGGGGACGAGCAACAGUGGGCGAGCCAGGUCGGACCCAACGCACCAGCAUCGGCACAGCGGUGGGCACUUCACGGCCGCCGUCCAGGCCAUGGACUGUGAGACACACAGUCCCCAGGUGCGUCAGCAAUUUCCUGCUCCCAUUGCUUGGUCAGGCACUGAUGCUCCUACACAAGUCACUGUUGAAACUCAUCCCGUUCAAGAAACAACCUUUCAUGUAGCCCCUCAACAGAAUGCAUUGCAUCAUCACCACGGAAACAGUUCCCAUCACCACCACCACCACCACCACCACCACCACCACCACCAUGGACAACAAGCCUUGGGUAACCGGACCAGGCCAAGGGUCUACAAUUCUCCAACAAAUAGCUCCUCUACCCAGGAUUCUAUGGAGGUUGGCCAUAGUCACCACUCCAUGACAUCCCUGUCCUCCUCAACUACUUCCUCCUCGACAUCUUCCUCCUCUACUGGUAAUCAAGGCAACCAGGCCUACCAGAAUCGCCCAGUGGCUGCUAAUACCUUGGACUUUGGACAGAAUGGAGCUAUGGACGUUAACUUAACCGUCUACUCCAAUCCCCGCCAAGAGACUGGCAUAGCUGGACAUCCGACAUACCAAUUUUCUGCUAAUACAGGUCCUGCACAUUACAUGACUGAAGGACAUCUGACAAUGAGGCAAGGGGCCGAUAGAGAAGAGUCCCCCAUGACAGGAGUUUGUGUGCAACAGAGUCCUGUAGCUAGCUCGUGACUAAAUUGAAACUUGAGUUUGUUUCUUGUGUGUUUUUAUAGAAGUGGUGUUUUUUUCCAAAAAACAAAGUGCAAAGCUGCUUGAAUCAGAAGGAGAUUAACACACUGAACCGCUACAAGAGGGCAAAGCUGACUUUUUUUUUUUUUUUUUUUUUUUAACUUGAAAAGAUUGCAAAGGGACAAUGAAGUUUUUAAAAGAGCCAUGUCCAAACCCAUCUUCAUGGAUAGCUCAGAGGUGUCCUCUUUUUGCCUCCCCCAUUUUAACUUGCCACAUCCCAGUCAUAGUGGGGUUUUUUGUCUUUCUAUUCCACAGACGUUAUUGUUCAGAUGUUGGUCUUGAUCAUUUGCCAACUAGUUUUAAAAUAAAAGGCACUGCACAUAAUUCGCAUAAAGGGCCCCAUGAGGGUGUUUCUUUCCCCUUUUUGUUUUUCCUUUUUCCCCCCCGUUUUUGUUUGGUUUGGUUUUGUUUUGGGUGGGGGGUGGGAAGUUUGGUUUUUGAGUCCUCUGAACACACUUGGGUGCGGAAAUGCAGUACUGUAAGGAAGAGGGACCUCCCGCUCACACCGACAUCACCUUCAGCUGUAUGGAAGGGACGGCUGUAUUGGAGUUUGUAAGGCACAGUAAGCAUGCUACGUGGCGGGAUCAGAACUCUCCUGUCUGAACCUACUGAGGAGCAAAGCAGCAAUUACCUGGGAUCCUGUGGGUCUCCCGUUGUCGAGGCCACAGUGAGAUAGUGAUGGAACGUGACUGGUCUCCUAACCAAGGUGCACUGAGAAGCAAUCAACGGGUCAGUCAUGGCCAGUCCUGGGGAGGUCUGAGUGGUGGUCUUUGGGAUAACCUUUGGCCUUAUGGAUUUGGACUCGAAAUUAGAAGAGCCUACCAUUUCAGAUGCAAUCACUUUUGGACACGCUUUUGCAGACAGUCCUUAAUGCUGAAAACACAGAGAAUGGGUAAUUCAAGAGGCCUUUCUUUUAAAAUAGACUUUUGUGACCCACUAAUUGUAAGGUAUUGCAAGGUCACUUUGCGUGUGUCAUAAAGUUGACUUCCUUAUUGGUUGAAGGUCACAGAAGUAGUGGUUUGCUUUGAUGGAAAUAGCUACAGCUGUGUCCCUUCCUGCUUUUUACUUUUUCUUUUGCUUUUUCUCGGCACGUGGUAUCUCCACCAUUUCUUCUGCACAAAGAUGUCUUCUGUUCAUCCUGAACAUUUUUAAAAAAUGCAGAAUUUUAUGUGACUGCUUUUUUGCCUCACAAUUAUGCUGUGAAUUUUACAAAAAUUUAUUUUCUUUUUUGAUAAUUUAUUGUACCAAAGCUGUUUUUAUAGCACAUAGAUGUCUGUAACCAAUAAUGUAGCAGUUCUGCACUUUGACACAAGGUGUAACUAGACCAUUUUUAAAUGUCAGUUGAAAAUUAUGGCUGUACUAUUGCUUAAACAAAACUGGAACUGUUGUUGAAUCCAUAGCCAAUACAUUUACAGCAAAUCUGUGUACUGAACAUAAUAGAUUGACAUCUAAUUCAAGAUGACAACAUCUGUUACAUUCUAAAUGUGUUCAGGCUUCUGAAGGUAAAGGGACACUGGAUCCAGAAGCUAUGGAACCAGCAGUUGAUUCUUGUAUUCCUGAUUAACCUACUUGUAGACUUGAAAGCAAGACCUUGAUUGCACCACCAGGUCCAAAAUACGAGCACGAGUGAAGCAGAACUCUCACGCAUGACCUGAAGCGAACAGGCUGGUGUCUAACAGGUGCCUAGUUUUGAGAUUAUGCUGCCUUAAUGUAACACAGUCUGGCAGUUGCUAAAUUUGUGUUCCCAUUUUUAAAUUGACCAAUUUUACGGUGUUAUACAUUUGAGCGGUUGAAUUGGGAGAAUGAAGAUAAGGAAUUUACCUGUCCAGGAUCAAAGAAGCCUAGAAAAGAAGCAGUAAUCUACCUCUGCCAAUAACCCUGUUCAAAAGAAACUCCGCAGAACACCACAUUACUUUUUAUUGGUCAGUCCCCUGGGGCUGACUAGGUCAACUUUUUCCGAACAAAAGCAGGUUUUUAUACGUCAACAGUGACAAAAGAAAGGCUUAACACUCUGUGAAUGUGAAUGGAAACUCGGGAAUAUCCGUUUUUAUAAACCACAAAGUUUUUUGUUGUUAAUCAGGAAAUGCAUGUUUAUUUUGUAACCAAAUGUCAGGCCUGUGGAUGAUUUUGAACUUCCUAGUUCAUAAAGGUUUACAGUGAGCAAAAGGAGACCGUCCUGAGCCCAGCAAUAUCAGGAGGAAUUCAGUAGUUGCUGCCAUUAGGAACAUGAGGUGAAGAUACAGGGGUCAGGCCAUUUUUUUCUGUGCUGGUUGCCACAUCUCAGCAAGCACCAAAAACGAAAGCAGUUUUUAAACCGCUAUUUACAUAAAGGAAAUCAUAAAAUCCAAUGCUUCUGCAUACUGUGUUAUGUUACAGUCCAGUUUUGUGUGCUUUACUACACGGUUUGGUUACAGGACUUCUGUGCAUUGUAAACAUAAACAGCAUGGAAAAGGUUAAAUACCUGUGUGCAGAUUGUAAGAUCUGGUCCGGACUUGCUGUGUAUAUUGUAACGUUAAAUGAAAAAGACUCCCCUUUGUAUUAUAGUCAUGCGGUCUUAUGUAUGAUAAACAGUUGAAUAAUUUG